UACAUCGUGUGCGAUUUUGAUUUUCGGCGAUUCUUUAUAGGCAAAUUGUUCAAAUAAACACGAAAUUACAACUUAAAAUCAAAUACUGUCAUAAAUUAUAGCGACAUGAAAAUCCUUUGUAACAAGUUAAACCCGCCGCUUGGUGGUCUACUUGCUGCAGAACUUUAUAAAACAUUAGUAAAGGAUGUAGAGCUUGUAUGGAGUGGAGAAUCUUCAAUAACACUUCCUAAUUCAGCUAAACCGGUGCCAUAUGGAACUAGCAAUGAUUUAAUAAGAAUUAUUGAAAAUGCCUUCAAUAAGUCGGCUGGGCCGCUCCAGAGGCUCACCAUGAAUCAUUGGCUGUCUUUCAGCCUCAUUCUGGAAGAGGAUCUUACAAAAUCUUUAGAAUAUUUGGACAAAAUUCUUGGUCCAUUGACUUACUUAGUGGGAGAAACUUUGUCAGUAUCUGAUUUAGCUGUGUUUAGUAUUCUAUAUGCAUCCACACAGUUCAAGAAAGUACUAAAGACAAUAUCACUUAAUAAUGUUCAACGAUGGAUGAAACUUGUGGAAGCUCAGGAACCAGUAUCUAAAGCUUUAUUGAGCCUGCCUAAUGAUGUUGUGGACAAUCUCUCUAAGUCUUCACCAAGGAGGUCUCCUCCAGUCGCCAAAGAUGUUGUAUCUGGUAGACUGCAGGAAGGCAAGUUCAUUGACCUGCCCCAUGCUGAAAUGGGUAAAGUUGUUGUGCGUUUUCCACCGGAAGCAUCAGGAUUCCUUCACAUUGGACAUGCUAAAGCAGCAUUGCUCAAUCAGUAUUACCAACAAGCUUUUGAAGGAAAGCUAAUUAUGAGAUUUGAUGAUACCAACCCAGCGAAGGAGAAUGCUGAUUUCGAAAAAGUAAUUCUAGAAGAUGUAGAGAUGCUAGAGAUUAAACCUGAGAUAUUCACGCACACAUCCCAGUACUUUGACCUUAUGCAAGAGUUUUGUGAGAAACUCAUCAAGGAGGGAAAGGCGUUUGUCGACGACACGCCUCCUGAGCAGAUGAAGAACGAACGAGAGCAAAAGAUUGAAAGCAAAAAUAGGAGCAACUCUGUUGAAAAGAAUCUGCAGCUAUGGGGAGAGAUGAAGAAAGGUAGCCAAAUAGGGGUGCGCAAUUGUGUGCGAGCUAAAAUCGACAUGCAGUCCACAAACGGGUGUUUGCGAGAUCCCACCAUAUACCGUUGCAAGCCUGAGGAACACCCACGCACUGGUACCAGCUACAAAGUUUACCCCACCUACGAUUUCGCGUGCCCGAUCGUGGAUUCCAUAGAGGGAGUGACGCACGUGCUGCGAACUAUGGAGUAUCACGACCGCGAUCCGCAAUUCUAUUGGUUCAUCGACUCGCUGGGUCUUAGGAAACCUUAUAUUUGGGAAUAUAGCAGAUUGAGCAUGACGAACACUGUGUUAUCGAAGAGAAAAUUGACUUGGUUCGUCGAACAAGGACUUGUUGACGGAUGGGAUGACCCUCGAAUGCCAACAGUUCGUGGAGUCCUACGUCGUGGUAUGACGGUGGAAGGUCUCCGGCAGUUCAUACAGGCGCAGGGCUCCAGUCGAUCGGUUGUAUUCAUGGAGUGGGACAAAAUAUGGGCCAUCAAUAAAAAGGUAAUAGAUCCAAUAGCACCUCGCUUCACAGCUCUAGAAACAAGUCCAGUGCCAGUAAAUCUCAAGGGGGUGCAAUCGGAGACCAGUCUCAAUGUGCAAUUGCAUCCCAAAAACCCGGACGUUGGCACAAAAGCGAUAUGGAUAUCAAAAAGACUACUCAUAGACCAAUUGGAUGCGAAAGCUCUUAAAGUAGGCGAGAAUGCAACGUUUAUUAACUAUGGGAAUGUUAUGAUAGAUAAUAUUAAUAGAACCCCGGAUGGAACGGUCACAAGUAUAGACGCGACGCCAAAUCUCGAAAACAAGGACUUUAAGAAAACAAUCAAACUGACAUGGCUAGCUGAAACACCACAAUCACCCACAGUGGAAACCUACUGUGUGUACUUUGAUCAUAUCAUAUCUAAACCACUGUUGGGCAAAGACGAAGAUUUCAAACAGUAUAUUGGACAUCAGACCAGAUGGGAGGUCCCCAUGCUGGGAGAGUCAGCGCUGAGCAAAGUAAAGGUGGGCGAUAUAAUCGAGCUCCAGCGGAGGGGGUUCUUCAGAGUGGACGUGGCCGCCGGUCCUCCCUCACCGCACACCUCCCGCGCCACCCCUCUGAUUCUGUUCCACGUGCCAGAUGGGCGUACUAAGGAGAAGCCAAAAGCUGCUCAGCCGCCGCAAGUCAAGGCCACAGCCACAGUUGCCACGCCUCCGAUUGCAACCAACUCUGCCAACCUAAACGACGAAAUCGUCAAACAGGGAGACUUAGUUCGAUCACUCAAGUCCGCUAAGGCCGAUAAGGCCAAGGUUGAUGUAGCGGUCAAGGGAUUGUUGGACCUCAAAGCCAAGUAUAAAGCAGAGACUGGACAGGACUGGAAACCAGGCGCAGUUCCGGCACCGGUUUCAAAACCUGCUUCAGGAAAUGACGCUUCAACGUUGAACACCGAGAUUACCAAGCAGGGUGACUUGGUCCGUUCGCUCAAGACAACGAAGGCCGACAAGGCCAAAGUUGACGAGGCAGUCAAAACCUUACUGGAAUUGAAAACUAAAUAUAAAGCAGCUACUGGUCAGGACUGGAAACCAGGUACAGUUCCGGCACCAGUUCCACCCCCUGCGUCAGGAAAUGAUGCUUCGACGUUGAAUACCGAGAUCACCAAGCAGGGUGACUUGGUCCGUUCCCUCAAGACAGCGAAGGCUGAAAAGGCUAAAGUUGACGAGGCAGUCAAAACCCUAUUGGAUUUGAAAACCAAAUAUAAAGCAGCUACCGGUCAGGAUUGGAAACCAGGCGCAGUUCCGGCACCGGUUUCAAAACCUGCUUCAGGAAAUGACGCUUCAACGUUGAACACCGAGAUUACCAAGCAGGGUGACUUGGUCCGUUCGCUCAAGACAGCGAAGGCCGACAAGGCCAAAGUUGACGAGGCAGUCAAAACCUUACUGGAAUUGAAAACUAAAUAUAAAGCAGCUACUGGUCAGGAUUGGAAACCAGGCGCAGUUCCGGCACCGGUUGCAUCCCCUGCUACAGGAAAUGAUACUUCGGUGUUGAAUACUGAAAUAAGCAAACAGGGUGACUUGGUCCGUUCCCUCAAAGCAGCGAAGUCAGAAAAGGCUAAAGUUGACGAGGCAGUCAAAACUCUAUUGGAUUUGAAAACCAAAUAUAAAGCCGCUACUGGUCAGGAUUGGAAACCUGGCGUAACACAAGAUCCAGUUUCAACAUCUAAAUCAGGUGAUCCAGCUAUGCUAGACCAAGAGAUCAGCAAACAAGGAGACUUAGUUCGUUCCCUAAAAUCAAGCAAAGCUGAUAAGGCCAAAAUUGACGAAGCGGUCAAGGUUCUUCUUGAUCUUAAGACCAAAUACAAGACCGCAACGGGUCAGGAUUGGAAGCCAGGUGCAGCACCGGCAGCAAACGUUCAAAUGGCUGACGACGCGAAAGUCGCCGCACUCUUAGCGCAAAUAGCAACGCAGGGAGAUAAAGUGCGCAAGGUCAAAGCCGAGAAAGCAGAGAAGGGAGUGGUGGAUGUUGAGGUGACCAAUCUAUUGAAUCUGAAGGCACAAUUUAAGGCAUUGACUGGCAGUGAAUGGACACCAAAAGCAGCGCCUUCACAGGAUUCUAAAAAGAAAAGCGAAAAGAGUGCGGCUAAGGCGACAACGAAUCAGAGCGGGGAGCCAUCUACAGAUGCUAAACCCAAGCCAAAGAAAGCUGAAAAGGCUCCAAAACCUACAAAGCCAGUUAAAGAAGAGUCUUCAACGAGCGUUAAGAAGAUCACUCGACUGGGGUUGGAAGCCAGCAAGGAGACUGAUUUACCGGAAUGGUACUCCCAGGUCAUCACCAAAUCGGAAAUGAUCGACUACUACGACAUCUCAGGCUGCUACAUCCUGAGACCGUGGUCCUAUAGCAUCUGGGAUGUGAUCAGAAAUUUCCUGAGCACACACUUCAGGAAACUUGGCGUCAAGGAUGGAUACUUCCCCAUAUUUGUUUCAAAGGCGGCGCUAGAACGCGAGAAGGACCACAUAGCGGACUUUGCGCCUGAAGUAGCAUGGGUGACGCAUUCGGGCUCUUCCGAACUGGCUGAGCACAUCGCCAUCCGACCAACUUCCGAGACCGUCAUGUACCCGGCAUAUGCCAAGUGGAUACAGAGUCAUCGCGAUCUACCCUACAAACUCAACCAGUGGAACAACGUCGUGAGAUGGGAGUUCAAACAGCCACAGCCAUUCCUUCGGACUCGUGAGUUCUUGUGGCAAGAGGGACAUACUGCUUUCCGAACACAAGAAGAGGCUGCCGAGGAAGUUCUACAGAUUUUGGAUCUUUACGCGCGCGUAUACGAAGAACUGUUGGCGAUACCAGUCAUUAAAGGACGCAAAACCGAGAAGGAAAAAUUCGCUGGUGGAGACUAUACCACCACAGUGGAAGCGUACAUUCCUGCUAGCGGACGGGGAAUUCAGGGUGCAACCAGUCAUCAUCUAGGGCAGAAUUUCUCUAAAAUGUUCGAAAUAGUUUACGACGAUGCCGAGACCCAAGAGAAAAAUUACGUUUACCAAAACUCCUGGGGUCUAACUACCAGGACCAUAGGUGUCAUGGUGCUAGUACACGGAGACGACCGUGGUUUAGUGCUGCCUCCGAGGGUCGCAGAGAUCCAGGCCAUAGUGGUGCCUUGCGGAAUUACUGCGUCUAGUACUCCCGAGGAGCGCAAGAGUCUCAUCGAAUCGUGUAAACAACUCGUUGGGGAGUUGACGAACGUUGGCAUCAGGGCGGAAGGUGACUACAGGGACAAUUACUCGCCGGGCUGGAAGUUCAACCAUUGGGAGCUCAAGGGUGUCCCCAUCCGCGUAGAACUGGGACCCAAGGACAUGGCUCGAGGCGAGGUGGUAGCCGUACAGCGUCUUAACGGAGAUAAGAUGACUCUCAAGAGGACAGAAGCGCCAAACAAACUCCUGGCUCUUAUGGACGAUAUCCACGACGCGAUGUUGGCUAAGGCAACAAAGGAGCGCGAUGCAAGAGUGUCCCUAGUUACGAAAUGGGAUGACUUCGUUAACGCUCUGGAGCAAAAGCACAUGCUACUGGCACCUUUCUGCGGCCUUACGCCGUGUGAGGACAGCAUCAAAAACGACAGCGCCAGGACUGAUGAUGAUCCUACAUCCGAAGUUAAAGGUCCAGCGAUGGGAGCCAAAUCACUUUGUAUACCCUUCUCACCCCCGCGUCAGCUCACCGACAAUGAUCGCUGCAUUCACCCGGCUUGCAACAGCAAACCCAAGUUCAUUACCCUCUUUGGACGAAGCUACUAAAAAAAAACGAUAUAUUAUAUGAAUAAUAAAUAAGUUAUUAAUUUUCUA